GUCCCGGCGGGCCCAGGCCCGGGCUGUCCGUGCGAGACGCGGCUUCCCGGAAGAGGCCGAGACCCGGCGCGGAGAAGGCGGCGCUCGCGAGUGCGGGGAUGGCGGCCGAGCGGCCGCGGCCCGUGCUGCGCUCGGUGAACACGCGCGAGCCGUCCCAGGUCAUCUUCUGCAACCGCAGCCCGCGCGUCGCGCUGCCCGUGUGGCUCAACUUCCACGGAGAGCCGCAGCCCUACCCCACGCUGCCGCCGGGCACGGGCCGCCGCAUCCACAGCUACCGAGGUCACCUGUGGCUCUUCAGAGAUGCGGGGACACACGAUGGGCUUCUGGUUAACCAAACAGAGUUGUUUGUGCCAUCUCUCAAUGUUGAUGGGCAGCCUAUUUUUGCCAACAUCACACUGCCAGUGUACACGCUCAAAGAGCGAUGCCUCCAGGUUAUCCGAAGCCUGGUCAAACCGGAGAACUACAGGAGGCUGGACAUCGUCCGGUCACUCUACGAAGAUCUGGAAGACCACCCGAAUGUGCAGAAAGACCUGGCGCGGCUGACUCAGGAGCACUUUGAAAAUCAGCAGCUGGAAGAGCAGACUGAAAACCACAGCUGAAUCAGCGCUGCCCUAGGCCCUGGGUGGUCUCCCAGGCACUGCCCUAGGCCCUGGGUGGUCUCCCUGGCACUGCCCUAGGCCCUGGGUGGUCUCCCAGGCACUGCCCUAGGCCCUGGGUGGUCUCCCAGGCACUGCCCUAGGCCCUGGGUGGUCUCCCUGGCACUGCGCUAGGCCCUGGGUGGUCUCCCAGGCACUGCCCUAGGCCCUGGGUGGUCUCCCUGGCACUGCGCUAGGCCCUGGGUGGUCUCCCAGGCACUGCCCUAGGCCCUGGGUGGUCUCCCAGGCACUGCCCUAGGCCCUGGGUGGUCUCCCUGGCACUGCCCUAGGCCCUGGGUGGUCUCCCUGGCACUGCGCUAGGCCCUGGGUGGUCUCCCAGGCACUGCCCUAGGCCCUGGGUGGUCUCCCAGGCACUGCCCUAGGCCCUGGGUGGUCUCCCAGGCACUGCCCUAGGCCCUGGGUGUUCUUCUCCCAGGUCCACCAGGUGGAGCCGUGGAACUAGCCAGGCCUGCUGGGCCCCAGCCCUCCUUGAGAGGGAGUGGUCCGCAGAGCUCGGAGGCUGGGCACUGUGGUAUUUAGAUGCCCACCCUUUCUAGAACAACCAGGAGAAAGUAGCUGCAUUUCUGCCUCCUCCUCACAUGCCUUGUGCACAGAAAAUGGGAAGAGAGGUUUGUCCUUACAUUGGUUCUGGAGCCCAGCACUUGCUGGUCUGUAAAUACGUCUUUGCCGCAUGUCGGUCUCUGUUCCUUUUCGUAAGGCCGUGUUGUUCCUGUUUGGUUCAGCAUUCUUCAUCAGCAGGGUCUGGUUGACAUUUUCACCUGGGUGGGGGAGAGGCCAAGGCGCCCCCGGCCCUGGGCAGCUUCCUCCUAGCGGCGGAGUCGCGGAGUCUCCUGGGAGUGCUUCCUGGUUUUGUAAAUGUCCGUAUCCUGCCUUAGGGACCACACUUAGACUUAGUAAAUCAAAUUUAAUACUUCCAGCAGAUGUAGAUCUUUCUAAUGAAUAGGUUUUUUUAAAAAUCCCUCAGUAGAGAAGAAGUUGGAAAAGAGCAAAAGGAUCACUGUAGAUAUGCUAUUUAAAUAUUAAUUAAGCAGAAAAAUAACACUUUGAACCAUUUUUGUCAUGUCAUUUCGGGACAUACUUUAGUUUUUUACACAGUUGAUUUUACACUCGGUCUGGUUUUAUUUUAUCCUUCUUUCUUUGACUUUAUCCCUUGGUUUUCCUCCUGUUUCGUAAGCUCUCCUGCUUACAGACUUCCUUUUGUGAGUGAAGUUUGGGGUGUUUCCUGGUGUGCACGGUGCCUCUGGGCUGUGAAGUCAGGGAUGGGCAUGGAGCAGAGGCAGCUGCCUUCUUGUUGGCCUUCCGCUCCCCCGCUGUCUUCCUUCGUCUCCUUCACCGUGACGUAAGUUGGGUUUGGUUUCGUUUUAGCAUGUUGUGGUGGCGCUCAGUGACGCAGCACAGUGUUGGGUUCUGUGGGUGUUCCGGGCAGCUGUGUGAGCUCUGGGGGAUGGGCGCAGGGCUUAAGUAUCUGCUGGCCCUGGAGUAGUGCAGCACUGUUUUUUUCUUACCCUUUCUUUGUGUCGAAAUGAGAUUUAACAUUUGUGUGUGUGGCGGAUGGGGGUCAAGGAAUUCUGAAAGCCUGGAGCAGGGACAGGGUCCACCUUUCGCUUGAAUUUUGUGAGUGCAUUCAAUGCAUCGCCCUUAAGACACUCGUGUUUCCUACUUCACAUUUUUUAAAAAAAGCUGUUCUUUAAUACAUUAAAUGGUGCUAAAAGGAGAAUGAGUGAGUGGUGUUAUGU